AACAGGUGUCAAAACGAGGUUGAUUGGAUGUUCAUCAGCGGUUUUUUAGAUUUAUUUUAAUAAAUAAAAGACAAUAUACAUGCAUUAAAAUAUAUAUAUUUUUAAUUAAUUAUUACCAUGUUUACAUUAGGAUCACGUAACAACAAAAUUUUAACCAAGAUGGGUUAAAUGUUGAUGAAAGUAAAGAUUGUCAAGAAAAUACACUUGACAAUUUUAUUACUUGACUACAUUGUAAACAUAUACAAAAUGAUUAUUCUUUAUAUUUUGUGCACAAUCUUCAGCGUUUUGACCAUUCUUUAUUGGAAUGGGAUGUUAUGGUGCUGUUUCUAUGGAUUAUUAACUAUAUUUUGUCUCCUUAUUGGCCCUUUAGUGGUUAUGUUAAUAAAUAUAGCAUUAUCAUCAAAGCAUCAAACAGGUGUUGGCACUGUUAAAACUCUUGCUGAGAUGGAUGCUUUUCAUAAUUUAUUGAUGAAGGGCUAUGAAGCCAAAUUAUCAAAUGUUAAAAAGCAAUCUCGCUAUCCAAUGAUCUUUAGUCGUUUAGUUGAUGGAGCUUUACAGAAUCUCUUGGAUUUAGUAUUUCAAGAUUUUAUUGGUUGUUGGCUUAAUGAUUUAGCAUUUAAUUCAGAUCAGAUAUUAGAAAAUAUGAAACAAGAUGUAUGGGGUGCUAUACAGAGUCUCCAUGAUCGAUUGUUAAGAGUCGAUCAUACUAAGCUAGUAGUGUUUAAUAUAGUCAAUAAAGUAACUUUCCAUUUUGAAAAAAUUAGAAUUGCACAGGAAGCUUCAUCAAUCGGUGAAGAACCUGUUUUCAUUUUAUCAUCACAUUUGAUGUCACCUACAGCGGAAUUGGAGUAUUUAAGAAAAGUUAGUGAAUUAUAUAUAUUGUUUCUAUUGCCACGCAGUUACUCUCUUUCCCCAGCAAAAUUUCUCUUGAGGGAGGUUCUUACAUGUAAAAUAUUGAAACCAGCGAUAGAUCUUAUAACCGAUCCUGAUUAUAUCAAUCAAAAGAUAUUGUUGUAUAUUGAACAGCAGCAACUUACAGCUGCUAUGCAUAAAAAAACAUACGAGUAUGCAGAAUCAUUUGAAGAUUUUCUUCGUAUGAUUAAAAGUUCUCGGGAUUUAGAGGUUCUUAAGCAUAUUAGGUUAAAUAUUGUAAUAGAAAUUAUGCAAGCUACAACGGUACAAAAUGUAAAAAGGGCACAGGGUUUGGAUCCUGAUCAUAAUGCAUUUGGAAAGUCUGAUUUAAAUGAAGCAAGAAAAUUAAAAAGAUAUAUUAGUCAAUUGACCUAUGCAAAAAAUACUUGUGAAUGUCAUAUGCAGUCGUUAGGAUGGGAUGGCUAUCCUGUACAAGAUAGUGGCCCAACAGCAUUGAUGGAUGAAAGAAGAGUAUUAUCUUUACAAACAAUUUUAGAUAACAUCAUAGGUCGUAAAUAUUUAUCUCAAUUUUUAGAACAAGUCUCAAGUCAAGGAUUGAUCGGAUAUUGGGCUGCUGUACAGGAAUUGAGAUCUGCCAAUAGAUCUAAUUGGCAUCAGCUUGGAGCUGAAAUUUUUUAUACGUAUAUUAGAUCACCGACUGCCGAAAUAAAAGUUGAUAAAAUUAUAAGAAAAAGAAUGGAAAGUUUCUUAUUAGGGGAUAAUGGACCAACUGUGUUUUAUGAAGUCCAAGAAAGCGUAGUUAAAACGAUAGAAGAAAAAUAUUAUUCAUCAUUUUUGGUCAGUGAACAAUAUAAAAAAAUGCAAGAGGAAUUGUUAAAUGCGAGAGCGGAUGGGUUGGUGGAGGAUCAACAAACGGUCGAAGGAGCUUUAUCUGAAAAUUCAUCAUUGCUUGUCGGAGAACAUUCCAAUUAUGCACGUAGUAAAUUGGACCAAUUACAAGAGAAGCUGAAUAAUAAAAUGCAAGCUUUGCAAGCACUUAAAUCUUCUCUUAAGCCCGAAAGCAGAGUUUUAAGUAUUCUGGGAAAGGAAGUUGAAUGGUUGCAAGGUGAAAAAAGACAACUAGAAGCUCACUUGAGUCAUUCUGAAAUGUGGGUUGAACACUUGGGUCGAUGGAAAGCUGAUGUACAAAGUGCAGAUAUACCAGAAAACGGUGAAGCACCGCAAUUUGUACUGGUUAUACAUAUGAUAGAAGACGAUAACAAUGAGCAAAGUAUAUCCAGCGGUUGGGUAGUUCUUAGGAAAUUACAAGAGUUUCAGGAACUUCAUAGGCAAUUACGUCAAUUAUGUUCUUACGUGAAAACUUUCGAUUUACCGUCACAACCACUAAAAUUCUUUGGGAAAUCCGAUAAGAACACUCUCGAAAAAGCUAAAAUGCAAAUACAAAAAUAUUUAAACCUCGUUUUGGAAGACGAAAGGCUUAAUCAAAGUGAAGCUUUAUAUGCUUUUCUUUGUCCAAGUUCGGAACAUUUAAAACAUGCAGCGCCUUCUCCUAAAAAAUCACGAUUUUCAUUAUCUACAUUCUUCAAAACUACAUCUGGAAAUAAUAGCGAGUCUCGAGAUAAAGAAGAAGAGGAAGAUUAUUCACUACUUCUCGAUGAUAACGAUACUAAUCGAUCAGCAACAGAUUCUUAUAUCGGUCCUGGAAAAGAUGCCAUAGCUGAACCAUUGUAUGCAUUAUUAGGAGAAAUUUUUGAUCUUAGGGGUGUAUUUAAAUGGCUUCGUCGAUCACUCAUUACCUUUGUACAAAUUACUUAUGGUCGUACGAUAAACAGGCAAAUCAGGGACACAGUUGCAUGGGUAUUUUCUGAACCGAUGCUUCAUUAUUACAUUCAAUUGUUUACGAAAUCCUGGUGGCCGAACGGUCAUUUGGUAUCUGGGACAAUACCAAAAACAGAUGAAGAGAAAUUAAAGACCCGAGGAGAAGCUCGUAGACAAAUUUUAAAUAACGUACCUGAGGUCCUAGCUAAUUUAGUAGGAGCACAAAGUGCGCAACGUGGACUAAUAAAAGUCUUCGAUACCUUACAAAAUGUUAAUCUUAAUAAACAAUUAUUUUAUGAUAUUUUCGAAGUGGUGAUGUAUGAAAUAUUUCCUGAAUUACAAGAAAAGUAAAAAAGAAAAUGUGAUUUGGUCGAAAGAGAAAACAAAAAUUAACUCGUCAUCGUGGUAUUACUGCCGUAUAAUAUUUUUAUUCAUUUAAUCGGAAUGAUGAUAGUUCAUUGCAUCGAUUAAUCAAGUGUGCAAUUUUAUCUCUGACAAAAUACUGUGAUUUAGUAUAAUUCGAGAAAAACUUUUUUGCCACACCUCCCUCAUUGUUAUUGUUAUUGCUCUCCUUAUUCUACUACAUUAUUAUUUUCUUUUUGUUUUUUUUAAAUAGUCUUAUUUACUAUUUUAUAUUUAUGUAUAUAAUUAUAUGUAUAUAUUUUUUUGCUUGCAUAUUGUCGUAAAAGUGAUACAUUGAUUAAUUAUUGUGACAAAGUGAAAUAAAUUUU